GCACCCGUACAAGUAGACGACUGCCAGACAGACCUAAGACAGGUCACAGCUCGCUACAACAAACUCACAAGUAAAACGAGUUGGUCUUUUGAAGAGAAUAACUACUUGCCUGCCCCUUUGAAGGACGAAGAUUGAAUCAUUCUCAAACGGACAAGACAAAAUGCUGUUUAGACAACGUGCAAUUUCUUUCCAUUUCAAGAUAUCGGUGCUGUUCAUAAUGGCGAUGGCAAUAAAGAUGUCUUUCAUGUUGCCUCGCAACCAAAAAGACAUCAGCCAAGAGUGUGAGCCAAUCAAACGAGAGAUUCUACUCCAGAAACUGGGUCGAGCUUAUAAUCCCCACUUCAUGGCAAUGGAUUCUAAGGAUUUAGCUGCUAAAACCGCUGACCAGCCGGAACCACUGCCAGAAGACGCACUUGAUGAAAGCCGCUAUGGAUCCGCGAAUGAAUCAGUCCAAGAAAAGCGAAGCUCGUCUACUAGACCAGGAGCGUGGACCUGUCAAAUCAAAAGCAAAUGGAUUGAUAUGGGGAGAAGUUAUUUUCCCCGUUAUUACAAAACAGUCACGUGCUCCUCUAACGAUUGCUGGUAUGGCCAUUUCCGGUGUCGAGCGCGGGAAUUCCAGUUUCAAAUAAUGAAACGAAAACCCGGAGCAACAUGUAAACGUAAGAAGAUAUCUUUGUUGCCGAAUGCAACUAAUACUGGACCUUCUUUUGAUGCGAUUUGGGAACUACAUGACGUUAGUACUAAUUUGUAUUGCAAGUGCACUAACUAACAUAACCCCUCUCCUCUCAGGAGCUUUUUCUGACCUCUAAAUAACCUUUAUUCGUCAGAAAAUUACCUCAGUAAAAAGAUUGUUAAAAAUAAGAUAAUUGAAAUAAAUA